AUGAAAACAAUAUUGUCGGUGAUGUUGAUCUUAACAGUCGAUUACGUUUGUGGUGAAAUCGACCCUUGGAACUCACACCAGUUAAUCGGGGAUGCUCCCAAUAAUGCGAAGAUCAAAGACUUUAAGGACAAAGAAACGCUAAUAAGCAAAGAUUGCGUUAAAUCAUACAGUAUGACGUGUUUGAAGUUGGACGUCGUGUCUUUUGUAGACAAGCUUUCGGAAACUCAAAGCUUGGGACUCUUUCCCGGGAUUUCGGUGGUCAAGGAAAAUAACUCAGAUAGUAUGUCUACUUCUGAGGUGAUCGCUAACCUGGCGAGAGACUUUCCAAAUGACAUCGAAAAAAGGCUAGAUGUGUUUUUAAUGCACAAAAUUGGGAUGUAUUUAAAUAACCACGCAAUUUCUAUCAAGCUGUUUGACGCUAAGACUUUGGAAGCUGCGAGGAGCUUCAAUAAAGAGAUCGCUGAUUUUGGGACAGACUCAGAGAGUGGUCGUGGAAAAAAGGACAAAGGGAUGGGAACAUUAACAGCAGGAUUGAUGAUGAUGAAGGGGACACUGGGAGCCCUAGGAUUCGGAGCCCUCGCGAUGUUAGCCGGCAAAGCCCUAAUGACCGGUCUGAUGGCGCUGAUGUUGUCGGCAAUUGUGGGCCUUAAAUCACUGACCGGCGGUUCGGAGAAAAAGACUACUUAUGAGGUGAUUGCAAAACCGGUAUACUCGAAUUCGCACUCUCACAGCAGCGAAGAACACCAUGCAGGACACGGGUAUGGGCACUCGGGCUACGGAAGGUCCAUUGACUUAACAGAAUCUGUAGUCAAGGAAAGUAUUCAGAAGUAUGGAAACGUUCGGAAUCGACGUAGUUUUUAG